CAUAUCUAGUUCAAUUGCAAGAUGUGUUUGCCAACUUUUUUCUAGCACGUAAAACAGUUUGAUCAAUUGUUAAUAACUCUUGAGUUUCAAGGCUUAAAGUUGGGUGUUGUACCUUGAAAUUUCUAUCUGAAAUGUUCUAAGCUGCUUUUAUUCGGAGAAAAAAUCUGCCCAGUAACCAUGAGGGGUAGCUCAGGUGGUCAGGCCUUGAGUUUGCUCCCCAAUGGUCAUCAGUUUGAGUCCCCUCGGGGCCACUUGAGGUUUAACUGGCCGUUAAAUUCUGUGCCCUGUGGUGUAAUACUGGCUUUUUCCUUCAGUUUUUGAUUAAUAAAAUUUGUUUAUUCAUUAAAAAAAGAAAAAGUUUCAGUGCCCCGUGGGAUUAUUCGAGGUGCACACAAGCUGGCCCGGACACCCAUGGAUAUUAAAAAAAAAAAAAAAAAUCUGUCCAGUGACUGUACGUGAAGCAACUGAUUGUGAUUAGGCACCUAAAACUUUUGAAGAAACUAUCACUGACAUGCAUACAAAUUUUGCUUGCUGCCAUAAUAGAGAGAUGCAGGGAUGUUCUAGUCAGCAUAUUUAUCAAGACCAGUGGCUUAUACUGGAAAGCCUUGGGCUGGAAGUGGAAGCAGAAAAACAUGUAGUCAUGUUUUGAGCUUUUACCUCGGCACUGUGAACUAGAUGAGGUUUUUUCCCUCAAAAUUGAACUUAAGAUGGAAUUGAGGAAAAUUGCUUCUUUCUAUUCCCAGCUUACACAGUUAAAAUGGUUGUAAUGUGCAAUCAAGUCCAUGUGAUUAGUCGUUAUAUUAAACCAUAUACCAUCAAAGACAUGCCUUGUUCACUAAUCUCCCAAUUUCAAGAAAGGUUGGGUUGCGGAAAUGUUGUGACUGGUCAGUUAUGGGGCAUGCAUCUAGUAUUGGCCAUCCUUUUUGACGUAUCGACGCAUGCGCUCCCUGACAUGCGUAUCAGAAUGAAUCACUUAUGUUGGCCUUUUAGAUUUGGUGUUGUGGUGAUAUAUUUUUUCUGUAAUUAAUUUACUUUUUAACACCAAUAGCUGUAUUCCAAGUACAGUGGAUGUAUACAAGAGAAAAUACCUAGCAAGAAGAAUAAAUAAAUACGAGGAAACCAUGAACUAAAUGGCAUUUUAGUUUUCAUGAUAGGUUAUUAUUAUUUUUUAGUAAAUAACAAUUUUAUUGAUAAUAAUAGGCACAACCCCAAUACAUAGGACAUGCACGAUAUGAUAUUAUUAGAGGUGUCAUAUUCCAAAUGGAGUUAGAAUUUUUGUGCAUUGGAUAAUCACUGGUUGGAAUUUGCAUAUUGUCUCGUAAUUGGAUUUAGCCUUAGGCCAAAAAUAACCUUUAUAAAUGUGGCUGCUAAAUCCCAAGUUGAAUCUGAAGAUUCUGAACAGUGAUCUCUUCCACUGAAGGUAGUAGUGAUCACCUCCUUUAGGACUGGUGGUGAUAUUUUAGCAAAAUGAAACAUGAACGUUUGUGCAUUCUGGACACAACACUUCUUUUACAUGUUUUUUAAGACUCUUACAGGAGCAGAUUGAAAUUUUCUAAGAAAGAUCUUUUGUGGGUGUUUUUGGAAUAAGUGAGGCAAUCUUAUUCAGAGCGUGGAAGGGUGCAACCCAAGUGCAUGACUCUGAAAGAACCUGGUCGCACGGUUAUAGAAAAGAAUUCUAUUGAAGAAGUCCAUCUUCCUAUGGACGGUUCAGAUGACUGUUCACAGAGGCACUGGAGAAAUGUUAUACUGGAGCACAUGUAUCGGUCCUCAAGUGUUGAUGAAACUUGUAUACGGGGAUGCAUUAGGAAGGCACUUGUAUUUAAUCAUGGAACUGAUGGUACGAUGGUGGUUAAGGAAUCUGGCCAUUGUGAUGAAGACAGGCUCGAAGCUUCACAAACACAGUGCAUGCCGAAUGGAUCCCAGAAAGCAGCUAAUGGACAUGCAGGUGCUUUAUCUAGUGGAUGUUUAAAUGAAUCUGAUCACAAUAUCAAUACUGAGAAGUGUCAGCGUGCUUUGUUUAAUAUUUUAAUUUCGGACAAGUUCACCUCAUUGUGCAAGCUGCUGUUUGAGAAUUUCCAAGGCAUCAAGGCUGACUUUUUUGACUUUAGUAUCAUAAACUUGAGGAUGAAAGAGGGAGCUUAUGAACAUUCACCUGUCCUUUUCUCUUCAGAUAUUCAACAGGUAUGGCAAAAGCUUCAGGAGAUUGGAAGUGGGUUUGUUUAUCUUGCAAAGAGCCUUUCAGACAUGUCAAGGACUGCCUAUCAUGAGCAGGUGGGAGGACGAGUACACAGCACAUAUGAAGAUGGUGAACAUGAGUUUCUUCCCCGGGAAUCAGACUCUCCAAUUAAACCAGUGCAAACAGAAGAUUGUGGUGUGUUCAAAGUUUGCACUUGCAGACAAUGUGGAUGCAAGGCAGAUGGUAGGGAUUAUUUAUUAUGUGAUUCAUGUGAGGAGAUGUACCAUGUCUCCUGCAUUGAACCUGCCAUCAAGGAGAUUCCCCCUAAAAGCUGGUACUGUGCCGUUUGCACUGCAAGUAGAAUCGCAUCACCCCAUCAAAAUUGUGAAGUGUGUGAUAGGCUUAUUGCUCCCAAGUCCCUAAGUAAUGGAGGUGAUGAUGAAACUUCUCCUAUAAAUGAAGAAACUUCUAUUGACAUGGAAGAAAACUCAAAUUGUAGUAUGGACAAUGGGCUUCAACCAUCUAAAGGUGGAAAAAACUCUUUCCUCUGUAAAAUUUGUGGAAAUGAGGUAGAAGAUGGUGAAAAGCUGAAGGCUUGUGGUCACAGCUUUUGCCCAAAUAAAUACUACCAUGCUAGGUGCCUGACAACUAAGCAAUUAAAAUCAUAUGGCCCCCGUUGGUACUGCCCUUCUUGUCUGUGCAGGGUUUGCCUUGCUGAUCAAGAUGAUGAUAAGAUCAUUCUAUGUGAUGGAUGUGAUCACGCAUACCACAUCUAUUGCAUGAAACCACCGCGCGCAUCAAUUCCAAGAGGGAAAUGGUUCUGCAGAAAAUGUAAUGCAGGGAUCCAGGCAAUACGCAGAGCCAAAAGAGCUUACGAGACUAAAGAAAUUAAACAUAGAAAGAAAGGUGUAGGGGGGUUUAUGCCAGUUGAAAAUCUUGGAAAGAGAUGGAAUGAUAAAGGAGAAGAGGCAUCGGAAAAAGGUGGAGGGAUGGACAUGCUUUUAACUGCAGCAAAGACACUAAAGUUUGAAGAGAAUUCAGGUGCCGUUGAGAUCGGGCUAUAGAAAUCAUGAUUUUUUUGGAGACGUAAAGUCAAUGGUUUUGGGCAACUAUUGAUUUCAAUUUUACUUGUAUCUCCCAAUGUCAAGAAUUUUAUUUUCACUACAUUUUAAAAUUGACUGGUAUGUUUAGGUUGUGGAAUGUUAGAUCUUGCUGACUUUUGGAUGCUUAAAACUGGGGAAAAUAUGACUAUGAAGGUUGUAUAUUACUGGUCAGCAGAGCCAGAAACUAUAUGUAGCUUGAAUCUGCUGAAAUGAACAGAAACACGAUACCAUUUUGGCCAAAAGUGGUUGUUCUGAGAGCCACUGUUUAAUUUGUUGCUUUGUAUUUGUGUACAUAAAUUAGUGGGGAUGGUUUAAAUAAAAGGAAGAAUCCCAAUAACAGUUCUUGAUGAUUGAA